GAAAUAAACUAAUUCACCGUAACAGUCGCUACCCACUUCCGCCUCUUGAUUAUCGAAGGCAGCAUAUUCUUGGCAGAUUAAUGAAAACGUUUACUCUAAACACAUUUCCAACACCAUGUCAGUCGAAGAACUUGACCAGGAACCCUUUAGUGUUCACGAAUUUGUAGAAAGGCUGGCAUGGAAAACUAUGGGUGCCAGAGCUCGAGGCAAGCCAGAGGAGUUCGAACCUCUAGUUCUUCACGCAGCAUUUGAAAGAAUGAUAAACGAUCUUCGAGAAAAGAAUGCAGAUGUACAGAGAAAGAUCGAUUCGCUGGAGGCGUCUGCUCGAGAGGAGGAGAAAAGGCACUGGUCGCGUGUCGGAGAGUUGCAGAAGACAAACCAAACCUUAGUGACAGAUUUUCAGAAGCUAGAUGAAAGGAUUAGCUAUGUAGCCAUGAAAGUUGUGCAUCUUGGUGAUCAGUUGGAAGGUGUAAACACACCUCGAGCUCGAGCAGUGGAAGCACAAAGACUCAUGAAUUACCUUGCUGAAUUCCUUACAGAACAACCUCUUACCUCACCUGUUCUCACUGAUCCAUUCCAGCUGCAGCUCACAGCAGACAUCAUUCAGAAGCUCCAUCUCAUUGCUUUGGAACUACCACUUGGUGGCAAGUUCGAUCGAGCUAGGCAAAGAAUUGCAGAGAAAUAUGACCAUGUAGAGCAGGAACUGAUUGGUGAAUUCAAGUUAUCACAUCAGCAAGGGGACAGACGUAAAAUGAAACGUAUUGCAGCGGUUCUGCAGAAUUUUAAGGGUUAUGGCAAGUGUAUAGAGGCCUUUAUGACGGAGACAUUAAAGAGUGCAUUUUUAAAGGGAUCACUGUUUGAGGAGGUUGUGCCUCUGUGUGAGCAAAGCUGGCAGCUCAUCUCAGAGGUUUUCGCUAGCCCUGAUAGUGUGAUGGGCAAAUUAAUACAGCAUAUUUUCCAACAGAAAAUACAGGGUCAUGUGACAUCAGUUCUAGGUGACACUGGGGAUUCAGAGCAGUAUCUCAAGAAUCUUUUUGACCUUUACACCAAAACAACUAAACUUGCAGGAGAGUUGAGUCGUUUUAAGCUUGGAAAUGACAGUGCAUUUCUGACCAAAUUAACACGAGGUAUUUUCAGCACACAUCAGGAAAAAUAUAUCGAGGUGGAGCUGCGAUACCUAAAUGCAAGAUGUGCUGGUCUUUUACAACAUUACUACGAGUUCAAAGACCAUCACAAGAAACAGAUCCAAUCUGGAGGCAUCCAUGAUUUGAAGCGCGAUAUUCAGGCCAAGAUUGUGACAGUAACUAAGACAGGACCAGUAGUGGAGAACUUUGGUGGUGAGACAUUCCUCUCACAGGAAGUAGCUAUCAGCAUACUUCAGGAAACCAAAAAUGCCUUUCGUCGCUGCCAGGUGGUCUCUUACUCAUCGGACCUGGCUGCAAAUGCAGUGAAAAUAUUUGAUGCAUUGGUGAACUAUCUUGUGAUUGAACACAUUGACUAUGCCAUCGAAUUGGGAUUGCUUGGCAUUCCUUUGGCAGAGCCGAAGACAGAGCCUGAAAUCUACUUCUUUGACAUUGUCAAUCAGGCGAACACUCUGUUCCACUUAUUUGAAAAGCAGUUCUUGGACAGCCUCAUUCCUCUUGUCCUCUCAUCUCAGCGACAUGGAUUUUGUCUAAAGAGAAAACGAGAGAUUCGUGAACAAAUGGAACAGAAGAUUGGCCAGGGGCUGGACAGGUCUAUAGGUGCUAUUAUUGGUUGGUUAAAAUUUAUCCUUACAACGGAGCAGAAAAAGACAGACUUCAAGCCUGAAGAAGAUGCCCCUAUGCAGAUGAUAUCCCCUGCUUGUAGCAGAGUGGUAAGGGCACUUAAUACGUAUGUCAAAUCCAUGCGUGCCAGUCUUGAUGGGCAAAAUGUUGAGGUGACACUGAUGGACCUGGGAAAGCGUUUCCAUCGACUGGUUUAUGAACACAUACUGUCCUUCCAGUACAACUCUAUAGGUGCCAUGUUGGUGAUCUGUGACGUCAACGAGUAUCGCAAAAGUGUGAAGGAAGAAAUGCGAGUAGCAAUCAUCACGCAGCUGUUUGAGAGGCUGCAUGCCCUCUGUAACCUGCUUGUUGUGGUCCCUGAGAACCUCAAGGUUGUGCGGUGUGGAGAGCAGCUGGCUGAUCUGGAUGAUACGAUCAUUCAAAACUUUGUGCAGUUGCGUGCUGACUAUCGUACAGCUCAGAUAGGCAAGUGGAUGAGAUAAAGUGUCAUCACAUCUAGGUCAUAUAGAGUGUUGAACUGUGCGACUCACUUUUUCGAGCAGGGUAUUUCUGUUCACAGCAAACACUUUGCAGUGGAGUGGGUGAUAUUUUGUACAUAAAUGCCCCGGUACUUGGCUUGCAGGAAUGUGCAUCUGUAGAUGAGUGUUGCUAUGUAACCAAGUGUGUGACUGAAUAAGAGUUAUUUGCUGGGUAUGUUUCUGUUUUAUAAACAAAUUGGUAUAAAUUUCAUGAACACCUUACAGCACCAUUCCUCUCUCACCUGCAUCUAAUCUGUAACAUCACUGCAAGAACAAAUGCUGCAUAUUUAUGUGUAUUUUGUGCACCUUCCCUGUACUGUAUUGCAAAUUAUUUCUCCCUGACAGUGUUCUAUAUGUCAUCAUUUGAUUUCUUGGUCUGUUUCCUUGUUGUUGAUGUGUUAACACUGACAAUCUCAGUCAACCCCUAGAAAGAGAGCUGUCAUUUUGGAAAAAAAAAAAAAGAAUUAACAGACUUGCAUAUAAUCUAAAUGCAAUGGCCCUACACCAGUCCUUGUUUGUGCAUGGCUUCUAUACCACUUAUUUUAUUUAUUGAGUUCUUCUGCUGUGGCACAAUUUACAGGGUGUACGAUGUCCAGCCAAGUGUGAAAUAGGUUUAGUGCACUGUGAGGCAACUCUUCUGUCGGACCAUUUAUAGUGUGAGCAUCAUGCUUAAGUGUGAACUUAAAAUCUGCUGAAUGUUCAGAUGUGACUAUUGUAUUUGAUGCAUGAAUUUGCUGAGUGAAAGUGGAACAAAUUAUGUGCAAUAUAUUGUUUGCUCUGUUCUUUUCCACAAUAAACAUUAUUUACAAUUAA